CGGAACAAUAAUUAAAUAUAUAACAAUUAUAUCAACAAGCCAAAAACCACCAUAACCAGAUCAAUCUUCACAUUUUUCCUCUAAUGACGACUACAAAUUCUGGCUACCACCACCACCACCGCCACCAUCGUCAAUUAAAGUUUCUUUAUCUAGAAGUUGAUCAAAGGAUCAACUACGAUGAUGACAAAGACAAUCUCGACAGCAUUUGGAACACCAACAAUGAAGAUGGUGAUGAUCGUCCAAUCAACCCAGAAAAGGCCAUGUUGUCAAAAACAAUGGCGACCUCAAUAAAGCGACCACUUAAACCUCAAAGAACGUUGCCGAUCAACGUACCAGACUGGUCGAAGAUUCUACGGUAUCCGUACAAGAUAUCAGAGGGUGAUUAUGAUGAAGAGUGGCUGCCUCCACACGAGUAUUUAGCAAGGGUGAGGAGUGCUUCUCUCUCAGUACAUGAAGGUGUUGGAAGAACACUAAAGGGAAGGGAUUUGAGUAGGCUCAGAAAUUAUAUUUGGAAGCAAACGGGUUUUGAAGAUUAAUUACCACAAAAAUACUCGUAUUUUCUUUUUACCAACUUUUUAUAAGUUUCAGUCGUCUUGUAAUUUGGUAUUUUUUAGUUUUAUAUAAUAUAAUUAGGCUAU